AUGAUUAGCACAAUCCCUUUGGAUUAUAUUCUUCAGCUAGUCUAUGGAUUUAACGCUGGCGCAAAUGCAUCCCGCGCCGUCAAAUUAGUACGAUUUGCCAAAAUUCUCCCAUUGCUGCGUCUUCUCCGUCUCAGCCGACUAAUCCGAUAUGUAAAUCAAUGGGAAGAAGUUCUAUCUACAACUAGCAUGGCGGCGAUGCGGAUCUUCAAUCUGAUCUGUUUGAUGCUAUUGAUUGGCCAUUGGAAUGGCUGCCUUCAGUUUCUAGUGCCGAUGCUUCAGGACUAUCCCGAGGACUCUUGGGUCUCUAUUGACAAUUUGACGAACGCGGAAUGGUACGAAAAGUACUCCUGGGCCCUGUUCAAAGCGAUGAGCCACAUGCUCUGCAUUGGAUACGGCCAGAAGGCGCCGCGCUCGCUCGACGAUUUAUGGCUGACGAUGAUCUCGAUGGUGUCGGGCGCUGUUUGCUUCGCGAUGUUUAUCGGACACGCGACCGCGCUUAUCCAGUCGAUGGACUCGUCCAAAAGGCAGUACAAAGAAAAGUAUAUGCAAGUGAAAGAGUACAUGCAGUACAGGCGCCUUCCCAAGAGCCUCAGACUAAGAGUACACGACUACUACGAAAAUAGAUACCAGGGCAAGAUGUUCGACGAGAGUUCCAUUCUCGACGAGCUCAGUUCUCAUUUGCGAGAAGAAGUUGUAAAUUUCAACUGCCGUCAUUUGGUGGCGGCGGUGCCGUUUUUCCGCGACGCUGAUGGGGACUUUGUCACAGAGAUCAUUUCCAACUUGGCAUUCGAAGUGUUCCAGCCGGGCGAUGUAAUUAUUAAAGAAGGCUCGGUGGGCAAGAAGAUGUAUUUUAUACAGCACGGCGUCGUCAAAGUGAAUAGUUCGAAAUCGGUAGAAGCGCGGCACUUGGCAGAUGGCUCGUAUUUCGGCGAAAUUCGGCUACUGACGAAGAGUCGGCGGACGGCGACGAUAACAGCAGUCACGUGUUGCUCCUUGUAUUCGUUGAACGUUGAUGAUUUCAACGAAUUACUAGAGGAAUAUCCGAUCAUGAGACGAGCAAUGGAAAAGGUCGCUGCUUCCCGUCUUGCCAAUCUUAGUGGCGAAGCAAAGUGCGAUCUUGGCGUUGCUUCUUCAACCGUGAUCGCCUCUGACCUAGAGACAGAAUCAAAGUCAUCCGAGUGGGCAAAAAAGACGAUCGAUCACGACUCGGCUCCUCCAGCUUCUCAAGAUCUCGACGUCAUUGUUGAAGAGGACCAUCACUGUGGCAAGUUGCUGGGAUCGCUGCACAAGAGCAUACAAAAGAAUGUUCUAGAGCCGAAUCCGGAUGCAAUUCUGAAUCAACGUUGUCGAAGACACUAG